AUUUGACAAUUGAGAAAGGGAAGUACAACAUAAAUCAAAUCAAAAUGGCGAGAAACUGCGAAUACAUUCUUUUCUUCCUAGGCCACAGAUGUCAAUGUGCACAAACAUGGCAUUUUCGACAAAGAGCGGCCUAAGUACAGAUGUCCCCGGCGAUCAAACGACAUGGGAUCCGGAGGUACAAAGGAAAAACAAGGAGAAUUCAUUAGAUCCAGCGACAUGGAGAAGUCGGAAGAAGUUCUUUGUUGUCUUUGUCGGCCUCCUCACUCUAUUCAAUAGCGUCUUCGAUUCAACCAUCCCAAGUGGCGGGAUUUAUUAUAUCUCCAAUGCCCUGAAUAUCCAUAGCGAGACCCAAAAAGUGCUACCCACAUCCGUCUAUUUGAUCGGGUAUGUGACAGGACCUCUGGCCUUCGGGCCCAUGAGCGAGCUGUAUGGCCGACGGCCGGUAAUGGUAGGGACAUUCAUUCUCUUCACAAUAUUCACGCUUGCCUGUGUUGUUGCUAGCAACUGGACAGCAUUGAUCAUCUUCCGAGCGCUCUGUGGCAUCUGCGCAUCCUGCCCAAUCGCAGUCACCGGAGGAAUCUUCGCAGAUAUCUAUCAAUCUCCUCUUGCCCGGGGACGAACCAUGGCGUUGUCGAUGGCAAUCACCGCCGCUGGUCCGCAGUUUGCGCCGCUGGUUGCAGGAUUUGUCGGUUCAGUUGGAUGGAGAUGGAUCUUUUGGAUUCCAUUCAUCCUCGCCGGUGUCACUUUGGUGCCGGUGCUAUUUCUCCCCGAGACAUGCCAGUCAGCUCUCACUCGCCAACCCCGGAAGACCGGUGAAGGCAUGCUAGUCAAGACCUUCACUCGACCCCUGUAUAUGAUAUUUUACGAGCCUAUCAUAUCUUUCUCGUGUCUUUACUUGUCCUACGCAAGUGCAAUAUUUUUCAUGUAUUUCGAGGCCUACCCCUUAAUAUUCCAAGGUGUAUAUGGAAUGAACGCAGGUACUGCCGCACUGGCAUUUCUUCCGAUCGCCAUGGGGGCAGUUCUUGGCAUGGGCAUAUUCUUAGCAUACGACUCAUUUCUUCAGCUCGCAAAGUCACGCAAGGCUACCUGGGCCGCAAUUGAAGAGUACCAGAGACUCCCUCUAGCAUGUCUAGGGGGUCCAUUAUAUGUGCUCGCCCUAUUCUGGUUGGGAUGGAGUUCAUCCGCGGACAUUCACUGGAUAGUUCCCAUGCUAGCGGGAAUACCAUUUGGAAUGGGGUUCUUCCUCAUAUUUGUUGCUUUGAUCAAUUACUUGGUUGAUGCCUAUCACGAAUACGCUGCUAGUGCAAUGGCAGCUGCCAGCUGUUGUCGCAGUAUCUUCGGGGCGGUUUUACCAUUGGCAGCUGCACCAAUGUUCAAAAAGCUGGGAAUUGCUUGGGGCUGCAGUCUUUUGGGAUUCUUGAGUAUUUUGAUGACUUUGAUCCCGUUUGUGUUUAUUCGCUACGGGAACCUGAUCCGGUCCAGAAGCAAGUUUCGACAACUUGAGCAAAUAUGA